AUGAACGAAAACUUACAAAAGCAACAUCGUCUUUUACUUCCACUUGAAACUUCUUCGGACUAUCGAGAGAGUUUUUACGGUAAUCAAUUUUCAGAAGUUCUACAAGAGCGAGAAGUGUUAGAUCAACUGAAAAAUGAGAAAUUCGAUUUGGCAAUCACUGAAGUUGUGGAUGGAUGUGCCUAUGCAAUUUUUGAAUACCUAAAAGUUCCCGCGCAUAUCACAGUGCUCUCGUGUGCCCGAUUUGAUCAUGUCAGUGAUGUUAUUGGUCAGCCAAUUGCUCCUAGUUAUGUUCCAAGCACCCAAUCAUUUUUCAAUGAUCGAAUGAAUAUUAAAGAACGAUUCCUGAAUGCUGUUCAGUUUUACUAUGGCAGAUAUACAUUUGCAAAUAUUCUGGACCAUGAAUUCGAAAUGGCUAAAGAGAUUUUGGGAAUUGAAAGAUCGUGGAGGGAAACCAUGCCAGAAUCCUCAUUCAUAUUUUCUAACCACAUUCCUGUUUUGGAUUUUCCUGCUCCAACAUUCGACAAAAUUAUUCCCGUUGGAGGAUUCACUGUGAAAACCAAUGAGAAAGUUUUGAAAUUGGAUGAGGAAUGGGAUGAGAUUCUGAAUAUUCGAAAGAAAAAUGUACUGGUUUCGUUUGGAUCUGCUUCCAAGUCAAAGGAUAUGCCGGAAGAGUAUAAACAAAGUCUUCUUCAAGUUUUCAAAUCAAUGCCUGAAAUAACAUUCAUCUGGAAAUACGAAGAUUCGUCUGAUAAUAUUGCAAAGGAUCUCGAUAACGUCUACACUUCUUCCUGGCUCCCACAAAACGAACUUCUCGCUGAUCCAAGGAUUACUGUAUUCGUGACACAUGGUGGUUUAGCAAGUGUCAUGGAGUUGGCAUUGAUGGGAAAACCAGCGGUUAUGGUUCCAAUAUUUGCCGACCAGGGAAGAAACGCACAAAUGCUAAAACGGCAUGGAGGAGCAGCAGUCCUACAGAAAACUGAUUUAAUCAAUUCUGAUCUUGUACGAGACACCCUUCACGACGUGCUGACGAAUCCGAGGUAUUCGUUAUUUUUCUGGAAUUCGAAUCCACAGAAUUUUGUUUUAUGCAGAUACGCAAAAAAUGCCAGAAGGGUCGCUGAGAUGUUGAAGAAUCUGCCGACGAAUGCGAAGGAAGUUUUGGUGAAACACGUUGAAUUUGCUGCCAGAUUCGGGAAACUUCCAUCAAUGGAUAACUAUGGAAGACACCAAAAUAUUUUCGUCUACUACUUUCUGGAUAUUAUUACUCUGUUGAUACUAGUUUUAGUUCUAGUAAUUUGCAUCUUUAAGUUCAAUGACAACCCAUCUGUAAUCAUCUCCAACCUUACAGAGCUGAGUUUUGAUUUCGCGUCCAUUGCAGUCUUCAGAGAGUUUCUUCUUGUUGUCGAUCUGCAAAAAAAAUUACUUGGCUCUAAAAUUUUCAUUUAG